AUGAGCAGACCAGCAUCCAAGGCAUCAGCUCCUCCAUCGCCUGACGAAGCUCUGCAUAUACCUGCCGCCAAUGCAUCGUCAUCAGCUCUACCUCAGCCUCCCCCGGCGACGAUGCGUAAUCGCUUGACGACAAAGACGACUCCUCCCAUGUCAGGUGGAGCUUCGCCAGUCGAGCCUCUGCUCUCUCGCCGUCGCUCCUCGCUGCUGUCCUUCUCCAGCUUGGAUGACACGCGACAAUCUGCCGGAGACUUUAUUCGACCGACCCUAGGUCUUGAAGACGACGAUACAACCACUCUCGAGGACGUGUCUCACUGGCACAGCUCUCCGCUGGCCUUUGCUGUUCUGCCUGCCAUUGCUGGUCUCUUCUUUACAAACGGAAGCGCCUUUGUCACCGACAUCAUCCUGCUCGGCCUAGCUGCUUUGUUCCUCAAUUGGAGUGUGAGACUGCCAUGGGACUGGUAUCGCUCGGCUCAGGCUCAAUUUACUCUAGAUCAAUUGGACUCCCCUCGCUCGAUCCCACGGGACACAGACAACGACCAUGACCAACGACGCCAGACGCCCGAGAAUGUCCACGUCAGUCAAGAGCAGGAAGGCGCCGCUGCCAAUCUCCGUCAACAUGAGCUCUUGGCCUUGGUCUCUACAUUCUUGUUUCCAGCCUGCGCUGCCUACCUGCUGCAUGUCAUUCGUCGUCAGCUUUCACGGCCAUCAGAAGGCCUGAUAUCAGACUACAACUUGACCAUCUUUCUCCUUGCCGCUGAAAUCCGUCCAGUCAGACAAUUGAUCCGUCUGUUUACUCAACGAACUCUACACCUUCAACGCAUUGUUCGUGGCAGUACAGAUCCCGCACUACUGAACAAGAAAGACAAGGCUAUCUCUGAGCUUGCAUCUCGCUUGAUCGUCCUAGAGGAGAAGUUUGGCAAUCAACUGUCGUCUCCAGGUGUUUCCGUGGUCCAAAAAGAGUAUGUCUCUGCUCUCUCCAGCGAUAUCAAGAAGCGUUACGAACCUCGUCUGGAUGCUUUGGAGCGCGCUGUCAGAAGAUAUGAGAAACGAGCUACAACCCUGACCUUGCUCACCGAGCAACGUCUACAGUCUUUGGAGAAUCGUCUACAGGACGCUUUGAGCUUGGCCGCCGUCGCUGCCCAGUCGUCGAGUAAACCAGGCGUUGUCGCUGCUAUUCUUUCUGCUCUCGCAAAGACUAUGGCGAUCCCUCUUGAGCUCGCCUGGUACGCACUUGUAUGGCCUUUGAAGAUGACAGAGUUGGUGAUUAAGAAAGCUGGCAUACUGGUAAUUGGUCCAACACAUCCUCCUCGUCGUCGCAAUGAUUCCAAAGGUCCAAAAGUCAAGUCUGAAAAGAAGAAGGAUGACUCGUAUUUCUCGCGGCAUUAUUGA